GCUCCUUUGGACUAAAAAAUCUUUUGCAAGUGUACUGACUAAGAAAACCGAACAUUGAUAUCAUGACUUACGAAAAAAAUGCAACAACACUAAACAGUGCAUCGGGAAUUCUAAGCAUAUGGUGCUUUUAAAAUUUUUGUAAUUUUUCUGUAGCGUUGUAUAUAGCGUAAGAAAGAAGAAAUGGUGUUCAGUGACGAAGCUAGCAGAAAUGAAUGCAAAGCAGACUAGUCGACUGAUAGCUCAGCAAGAGCGUAAAAAUCCUUAAAAAAUGUUUUUGGGCGAUUUUAAAACGCCCAAAUCUCUUUGAGAUUUUUAAAAAAAAUUUUCUGAGUGCCCUUGUAAACAGCUGAAAGCUAAGACCAGGUAAUGAACAACAGAUGGCAAUUUUGUUAUGGUUAAUCACUUACUUUGUAGAGUGUACGAUUACGCGAGGAAGUUUAGUUCUUCUAUUUUAUGACGUUUGUUAAGGGGAACGUGCUAAAUAGCAUGAAAUAAAGGUAUAAUUAAAUAAAUAAACUGUUUAUUUAAUUUUAUAUAUUGUUUAUUUACAUUUUAAUUGUUCCGGCAUUUACCGAGGAAGAUUACAUAUGUUUUGGUGCAAUCUGGUUAGCAACCGUUGCCCUUGGAUAAUGAAGUAAACGCCAUUUUCUGGUUUCUAGGCGACGACCUGCGCUUGUUGACAUCGAGAGCAACAUUUGGGACUAGUUGUCAUGACAACGCAGCCGAGCUUCAUGACAGACCUGCCAAGUGUCAACAGUAAUACUGUGGCAUCGCAAAGCUCACCAUCCAGUGGUGCGGGACAGCAGCAGCACGCGCCUCAGAAUCUUUCUUCUAGUCAGGCUUCUGAAGCCCAGUCUCCAAAUGGGUCUCCAGUUCAGUCAUCAACUAAUAAUCAAGGAGAGAUACCUGCCCAAGUUCCUCAAGAUGCUCCUUUAUCUUUAGCCAAAGUUCUUGUACCUGCUCAAGUUGCAGUUGUUGCUCACAAUUUUUCUGAGCAACAGUCUCAACAACAAUCUGUUCUUUUCCAAGCACUUACAGGACAGUCAACUCCACAUUUUAUUGCUCUUACUGUUCCAAGUCAGGAAACUGAAAGACAUGAAAUCGCAAUACCAUCUGGCCAAGCUGUACCUUGUGUUCAGUAUGUAGAUGAAGGAGGGGGAACGAGUGUAUUUUCUGCACCAAGUAGCCAUAUGUAUGUUCAAAUUUAUUUCAUUAUUGAAGGAUUUAUAUCUGACGAAGUUCACCACUGUGCCGUAGAUAAGGCUGUGAGGCUGGCUCUCUUGGUAGCCCCUGAAGGGUUCUCCAACGUCACGGCAGAAGAAGUUAACACACUGAUCGAGUGCCACUCAAACCCCCUAACCAAUGAGGAAUUCGUCGAAAUGACAAGAUCGUUGAGUGAGGAAGAAGAGGAAGUAGCUGACAAUGGUGAGGACAAUGAACCUGAAGAACGUGGAAACUUUACCUUUGGAAAACCUGCAAGAGCUCUGCAACAAAGGGCCCAAGAAAUCGAUGAAAACAUGGUCAGAGCCGUAGAAUUCAGUAACUGUAUUGAUGUGUAA